AUGGCCCCGACAUCGCAUCUCCCUCUAUUCGGCGGCGUCCGAGCCUGGACAUCCGCCGACUGGACCUCAUCUGACGACCGCGUCCGCGGCGGAUCUUCCCACUCGACCCUAACCUGCUCUUCCGCCUCUCUCGUCGCCCGAUUCCAUGGAUACCUCGACAUCAAGACCCUUGGAGGGGCGGGCUUUGCGUCUCAACGAACAACAGGCGAGGACCGGACCUGGAACUUGUCACGGUACGACGGUCUGGAGCUAGUCAUUGACCGGGCGGACGGCAAAUUGUAUACGUUGAACCUGAAGGAUGAGAUUCUUCCCAAGAGACCUGAUGGCCGGGAGCAGAGCUCCAUCAGCUGGGAAUUCAAUUUUCGGGCUGAGGGCCAGAAGAAUAUCUUUGUUAAAUGGGGAGAUUUCAAGCCUACUUGCCGUGGGAAGGAAAAGAAUGAUGCUGAGCCGUUGGAUUUGAAGAACAUUAAGAGAUUUGGAAUUAUGGUCCGGAGCUUCUUUGGUGAGCAGGAGGGCUCCUUUGAACUUGAUAUCGUCUCUAUUGCGGCUCUGCGCACAGAGCGUUAUAUGGAUUUUCCGGAGGAGGAAGAUUUCCAUGAUGAUAUGGAUGAGAAGUCAGGUGCUGCGCAGCCCUCUAGGGCACGAGGAGGCUGGUUCGGAUGGUUGUUCUCCUGCCUUGGCCGCUAA